AUGCCCGACAUACAGCUGCCAGCGUUCCGCUCCGGCCAACGUCUUCGUAAGCCUCUGAUCGAAUAUUGUACGAACGAAUGGCGCAAUACCCCAGGCUAUGACACUCCAAAUUCACCCCAUUUCGUGGGCGAUACCUUCUUGGACAGGGUCGAAAUCUUGGUGGACAGAUCGAUUGCCGUGAUCAGAGCGCCGAAGUUCCGACGACUUUUGCUGUUGCUAGUGGUCAUGACUGUUUCGUCGAUUGUGCUGUGGACCAAGAUCAUUGCGCCCUUUCUGCAGGAAGAGAGAGCAACAUGGUCGUCACUCAACAAACACGCGGACUCGGCGGCCAAUGCCGGUGUAUUUGGAGUCAAUAUUCGACCUCGAUUCUCUGACAUGACACACCUACAGACUCUUGAUCGCAGUCUUGUCCCCGGCUUAUUGGAUGAAAGAGGAGAAUUAUCAAACAAGAAGAGACUGGUGUUUGUCGGAGACAUUCAUGGCUGCCGAGAAGAGUUGGAGCAACUGCUGAAAAAAUUGAAGUUCGAUCCGGUAACAGACCACUUGAUAGCCGUUGGGGAUAUUGUCAACAAAGGUCCGGACUCACCUGGAGUGAUUGACCUUCUGCGCGGCUACAAGGCUUCUUGCGUACGUGGCAAUCACGAUGAUCGACUGCUUUUGGUCGCAGACGAGCUUCAGUCGAAUACCUUAGAGUCGAAGAACAAGGAUCAACAAGGAUCCGAACACACGCAGCAGACAUCCUUGAAGGCCGAUGACGAAGAAAGAAAGUUAGCAAAGUCGCUCAAUUCCGAACAACUCGCCUGGCUCAAGUCUUGUCCUGUCAUACUUCGUGUGGGACAGUUGAAAGCCUUUGCUGGUGAGGCCGUGGUGGUACACGCCGGUCUCGUUCCGGGGCUUGCUCUCGACAACCAGGACCCAGCUUCGGUGAUGAACAUGCGAGUCAUCGAUCUCGCCACUCAUGUGCCGUCAAAGAAGCACGAGCGCGAAGGAAGUGUGCCGUGGUACAAGUUGUGGAACAGAUACCAACGGCUUAUUCCAGCACGCGAACGGUUUGCACGACUCAAGAGCGGGGGCAAAUCGAGAGCCGGUGAAGGACAGACCACCGUCAUCUACGGCCAUGACGCCAAACUGGGCUUGCAAAUGCAAAAGUACUCGAAAGGCCUCGACACUGGCUGUGCGAGGGGCGGCAAACUCACCGCACUGGUAGUGGACGACACGGGGAAGCAAAAGGUUGUCCAGAUUGGCUGCAAGGACCGGCGCAAGCGACCACCAGUCCAGGUCGACGUUGACGAUAUCCUUCAGAAAGGGAAACCAGGGCCGCCAGUCGGUGGCUAUGUCGACUAG